CCUGAAGAAAGCAAGACCGUUUCUUAAGGGUUUGGCGAUUACAAUGCAAAUACAGCAGUGAGCGCCUUGUGGGCUUCUUUCGAGGAUUCUCAGUGGAGUCACAAACAAUUUUUUUGCUUGUAGGAGAAAAACAGCAGCGGACCGUUUGUGGAUGUGGAACUGUUGCACCUUACGUACAGAGAUGGCCCACUGAUACCUGAAGGGAAGCAAAACAUAAAGCACUCCUUCCUCUGGAGAGUAUCACCCCCCCUUCUGCAUCUGACGGAAGAUCUCCAAUCAUGAUGUCCGCAUGGCUGCCGCUCGUGUUCCUCGUGCUGCGCGCUGGCCACGGGGGAUCCUUCCCCACGGCUCCGACCGAGACGUCGCCUGAGACCGGAGUCUUCAGAGUGACCGACACCAGCCUGACGCACCUCACCGUGCACCGCAAGACGGGCGAGGUCUACGUGGGCGCCGUCAACCGCGUCUACAAGCUCUCGGCCAACCUGACGGAGCUGCGCUCCCACAUGACCGGCCCCGUGGAGGACAACUCCAAGUGCUACCCGCCGCCCAGCGUGCGAGCCUGCGCUCACAGGCUGGAGCCCACAGACAACGUCAAUAAGCUGCUGCUGGUGGAUUAUGCCGGGCACCGGCUGGUGGCCUGCGGGAGCAUCUGGCAGGGCGUGUGCCAGUUCCUUCGCCUGGAAGACCUCUUUAAGCUCGGGGAGCCCCAUCACCGCAAGGAGCACUACCUAUCCGGGGCCAAGGAGGCCGACGGCAUGGCAGGGGUGGUGGUCGGUGAAGAAGAUACCACAGCCGGGGACGGGAAGAAGAAGAAGAAGAGAGGCAGCCGCCUCUUCAUAGGCGCUGCCAUCGACGGGAAAUCCGAGUUUACCCUGUCCAGCCGCAAGCUGGUGGAGGACGAGGAGAACGUCAGCAUGUUCAGCUUGGUCUACCAGGACGAGUUUGUGUCCUCGCAGAUCAAAAUCCCGUCGGACACCCUCUCUUUGUACCCGGCGUUCGACAUUUACUACGUUUACGGCUUCUCCAGCCGCACCUACAUCUACUUCCUGACGCUGCAGCUGGACACGCAGCUGACGCAGAUGGAUGCCACCGGCGAGAAGUUCUUCACGUCCAAGAUAGUGCGCAUGUGCUCCAACGACACCGAGUUCUACUCCUACGUGGAAUUCCCCCUGGGCUGCACCAAGGAUGGGGUGGAGUACCGCCUGGUCCAGGCUGCCUACAAGCAUCGGCCAGGCAGGAUGCUGGCCCGGGCCCUCGGCCUCUCGGAAGACGAGGACGUUUUGUUCGUGGUCUUCUCCCAGGGCCAGAAGAACAGGGCUAAUCCACCCCGUGAGACGGUGCUAUGCCUCUUCACCCUGCGUCAGGUCAACUCGGCCAUGCGAGAGAGGAUCAAGUCCUGCUACCGCGGUGAAGGCAGGCUGUCUCUGCCUUGGCUGCUCAACAAGGAGCUGCCCUGCAUCACCACGCCCAAGCAGAUUGGCGACGAUUUCUGUGGCCUUGUGCUGAACCAGCCACUAGGGGGCCUGGAUGCCAUCGAGGGGACGCCCCUUUUCGACGAGCGCGUCGACGGCAUGGCCUCGGUGGCCGCCUACACCUACGGGGAGCACACCGUGGUCUUCUUGGGCACUCGCAGUGGUCAUCUCAAGAAGAUUCGAGUGGAUGGCAUUCCUCCUCCAUCCCAGAAUGCUCUGCUGUACGAGACGGUCUCGGUGGUGGAGGGAAGUCCUAUACUGCGGGAUAUGGUCUUCAGUCCAGACUAUCAGUACAUCUACCUUCUGAGUGAAAAGCAGGUGAGCCGGGUGCCAGUGGAAAGCUGUGGGCAGUACCAUAGCUGCCGGGCCUGCCUUGGCUCUGGGGAUCCCCACUGCGGCUGGUGUGUCCUCCACAACAAGUGCUCCAGACAGGAAGCGUGCGAGAAGUGGGCCGAGCCGAAGCGCUUUAAUGUUGAGCUGGACCAGUGUGUUGACAUUGAGGUCGUACCCAGCAAUAUGUCUGUGACCUCUGCCUCCGUCCAGCUCACCGUGAAGGUGCGCAACGUGCCCAGUCUCUCUCAGGGGGUCACCUGCGUUUUCGAGGGGCUGGCAGAGAGCCCGGGUGAGGUCUUGGACAAAGGUCACGUCCUCUGCGUGUCCCCCUCCUUGCGGGAUGUCCCAUCCGUCACUCUGGGGGACAAACGCGUGGUCAAAUUAUCCCUCAGGUCCACGGAGACUGGACACAAAUUCAUCACCACGGAUUUCAUCUUUUACAACUGCAGCGUUCUCCAGUCGUGCCUGUCCUGUGUGAAGAGCCCCUUCCCUUGUAACUGGUGUAAAUACCGGCACAUCUGCACCAACAAUCUGGCCGACUGCUCCUUCCACGAGGGACGCGUGAGCAACAUGGAGGGCUGUCCACAGAUCUUGCCCAUCAAUGACAUCCUGGUACCCGCUGGCGUGAUUCGCCCGAUCACGCUGCGCGCCCGCAACCUGCCUCAGCCUCAGUCAGGCCAGAAGAACUACGAGUGCGUCUUCAACAUCCAAGGCAAGGUGCAGCGCAUCCCGGCUGUGCGCUUCAACAGCUCCUGCAUCCAGUGCCAGAACACCUCGUACUGGUAUGACGGCGAUGACGUCGGUGACCUGGCGGUGGAUUUCUCCAUUGUUUGGGAUGGGGACUUCUUCAUCGACAAGCCGGUUACGAUGAAAGCCCUGCUGUACAAAUGCGAGGCUCAGCGGGAGAGCUGCGGCCUGUGUCUGAGGGCAGACAGCGCCUUUGACUGCGGCUGGUGCCUAGCUGACAGGAAGUGCCUCUUGCGGCAGCACUGCCACGCCCCCGAGCAAAACUGGAUGCACCAGAACCGUCGCAGCGUGCGCUGCAGCCACCCCCGCAUAACCAAGAUAUGGCCACUCGCUGGACCCAAAGAGGGCGGCACGCGGGUAACCAUAGAGGGAGAGAACCUCGGCCUACAGGUACGGGAGAUUACCCAAGUACGUGUCGCUGGCGUCCGCUGCAUCCCCGUCCCGUCCGAGUACAUCAGCGCCGAGAGGAUUGUAUGUGACAUGGAUGAGUCACUGCUCUCCAACCCCCCCGGAGGCCCAGUGGAGCUCUGCAUUGGUGACUGCUCUGUAGAGUACCGCACACAGUCCCCACAGACUUAUUCCUUUGUGCUUCCCAGCUUCGAUCGCAUCCACCCAAAGAAGGGACCCAUGUCCGGGGGCACCAGACUCACCAUCUUCGGCAAGCACCUGGACGCCGGCAGUGCGGUGACAGUGUUCCUCGGCCAGGGCGAGUGCCUCUUUGUGAGGAGAAACAUGAAGGACAUCGUGUGUGUGACCCCUCUGUCCACAACUGGAUCCACUUCCUCGUCCAUCAGGCUGUUCAUCGACAAGGCGGAGAUAACCAACGUUAACACAAUCUACGUCUAUACCGAGGACCCCACGGUGGGCGGCAUCGAGCCCAACUGGAGCAUUGUCAAUGGGAGCACGACCAUCACUGUAAUGGGCAGCAACCUCCUUACCAUUCAGGAACCCAAAGUACGGGCUAAAUAUGGAGGUGUGGAGACCACCAACGUGUGCACCGUCACCAACGACUCUACAAUGACGUGUCUGGCUCCCGGCAUCGUCUACACCAAGCGGCAGGUCCCCGAGUCUGGCCUGCACCCAGAUGAGUUUGGCUUCGUUCUGGACCAUGUGACCGCCUUACUCAUCCUGAAUGGAACUCCCUUCACCUACUAUCCCAACCCUACCUUUGAUCCUCUGGGCAGCUCUGGGAUCCUGGAGGUGAAGCCAGGGUCACCUAUCAUUCUUAAAGGGAAAAACCUGAUACCUCCUGCUCCGGGGAACGCCCGACUGAAUUACAGCGUGCUGAUUGGAGAAACCCCGUGCCUGUUAACCGUCUCAGAAUCCCAGCUGCUCUGUGAUUCGCCGGAACUCACAGGGGAGCAGCGAGUGCUGAUUCUGGUGGGCGGUCUGGAGUACCCCCUGGGGACCCUGCACAUCUACUCGGACAGCGCGCUGACCCUGCCAGCCAUCAUCGGCAUCGGCGCCGGCGGCGGAGUGCUGCUCAUCGCCAUCAUCGCCGUGCUCAUCGCCUACAAGCGCAAGACGCGCGACGCCGACCGGACCCUCAAGCUACUGCAGCUGCAGAUGGACAACCUGGAGUCCCGGGUGGCGCUAGAGUGCAAGGAAGCCUUCGCCGAGCUGCAGACAGACAUCCAGGAGCUCACCAACGACAUGGAUGGAGUGAAGAUUCCCUUCCUGGAGUAUCGUGCCUACGCCAUGAGGGUCAUGUUCCCCGGCAUCGAGGAUCAUCCCGUCCUGAAGGAGCUGGACUCCCCCGCUAACGUGGAGAAGGCCCUGCGUCUCUUCAGCCAGCUGCUGCACAACAAGAUGUUUCUCCUGACCUUCAUCCACACGCUCGAGGUGCAGCGUUCCUUCUCCAUGCGCGACCGUGGCAACGUGGCCUCCCUCCUGAUGGCGGCGCUACAGGAGCGCAUGGAGUACGCCACCGUGGUACUGAAGCAGCUGCUGGCCGACCUCAUCGAGAAGAACCUAGAGAACCGGAACCAUCCAAAACUGCUGCUCAGGAGGACCGAAUCUGUGGCUGAGAAGAUGCUCACUAACUGGUUUACCUUUCUGCUGCACCGCUUCCUGAAGGAGUGUGCUGGAGAGCCUCUCUUCAUGCUCUACUGUGCCAUCAAGCAGCAGAUGGAGAAAGGUCCCAUCGACGCCAUCACAGGCGAGGCGCGCUACUCCCUGAGCGAGGACAAGCUCAUCCGCCAACAGAUCGACUACAAGCAGCUGACUCUGAUGUGCAUCCCCCCCGAGGGUGAGGCGGGCACUGAGAUCCCAGUAAAGGUGCUGAACUGCGACACAGUGACUCAGGUGAAGGACAAGCUGCUGGACGCCGUCUAUAAAGGCAUCCCAUACUCUCAGCGCCCCCAGGCCGAGGACAUGGACCUGGAGUGGAGACAGGGGCGACUUACCCGAAUCAUUCUCCAGGAUGAGGACAUCACUACCAAAAUCGAAAGCGACUGGAAGCGACUCAACACUCUGGCCCAUUACCAGGUGACCGAGGGGUCCCUGGUAGCCCUGGUUCAGAAGCAAGUCUCAGCCUACAACAUUGCCAAUUCCUUCACCUUCACACGCUCCCUCAGCAGAUACGAGAGUCUCCUGAGGACAUCCAGUAGCCCGGACAGCCUACGUUCCAGAGCCCCAAUGAUCACCCCCGACCAGGAGACGGGCACCAAACUGUGGCACCUUGUCAAGAACCAUGAGCAUGCAGACCAACGUGAAGGCGACCGUGGCAGCAAGAUGGUGUCCGAGAUCUACCUGACCCGCCUCCUGGCCACCAAGGGCACGCUGCAGAAGUUCGUGGAUGACCUGUUUGAGACUGUGUUUAGCACCGCCCACCGCGGCAGUGCCCUCCCCCUGGCCAUCAAGUACAUGUUCGACUUCCUGGACGAGCAGGCCGACCGGCGACAGAUCAGUGACCCCGACGUGCGACACACCUGGAAGAGCAAUUGCCUGCCUCUGCGUUUCUGGGUAAACGUCAUCAAGAACCCUCAGUUCGUAUUCGACAUCCACAAGAACAGCAUCACGGACGCCUGCCUGUCGGUGGUCGCUCAGACCUUCAUGGAUUCGUGCUCCACCUCUGAGCACCGGCUGGGCAAGGACUCGCCCUCCAACAAGCUGCUCUACGCCAAGGACAUCCCCAACUACAAGAGCUGGGUAGAGCGGUACUAUCGAGACAUCAGUAAGAUGCCCAGCAUCAGUGACCAGGACAUGGACGCCUACCUGGUGGAGCAGUCCCGCUUACACGCCAGCGAGUUCAACACGCUCAGCGCCCUCAGCGAGCUCUACUUCUACAUCAACAAGUACAAAGAGGAGAUUCUGACAGCACUAGACCGCGACGGAUACUGCCGCAAACACAAACUGAGGCACAAACUGGAACAAGCCAUCAACCUGAUGUCGGGCAGCAGCUGAGUCACUGGCACGGAACUGGGUGCGAGGGAGAGGGGUGCGGGG